CCGGUUGCGCGCGCAGAGGGCCAGUAAAGGGGCUGGUCAAGAUGGCGGCGGCCGUGUUCCGGGCGUCGCUGCGGGGCUGGACCACUGGGGUCCUGCGGGGCUUCGGGCUGCGGCACCAGAGCCAGACCCAGGGGCCACCUGAUUACCCCAGCUUCGUGGAAUCUGUGGAUGAGUAUCACUUCGUGGAGCGCCUGUUACCUCCAACCAGCAUCCCAAAGCCCCCAAAGCAUGAACAUUAUCCCACCCCUAGUGGCUGGCAGCCUCCCAGAGAUCCCCCACCCAACCUGCCCUACUUUGUACGGCGCUCUCGAAUGCACAACAUCCCUGUCUACAAGGACAUCACACAUGGCAACCGCCAAAUGACUGUGAUCCGGAAAGUGGAGGGGGAUAUCUGGGCCCUACAGAAGGAUGUGGAAGAUUUUCUGAGCCCACUGCUGGGGAAGACACCUAUCACCCAGGUUAAUGAGGUGACUGGUACCCUUCGAGUCAAGGGCUACUUUGAUGAGCAGCUUAAAGCCUGGCUCCUUGAGAAGGGCUUCUGAAGCCUCCUGAGCAACCUGCAUGGCAUAGUCCCCCACAGACUGGAGUUCAGGGGACCUUGGGAGUUGAAGUGUAUUGGAACCCCUGGGACAGGAUACAAAAAUCAGGGUUAAGGGCUUGGACAGGGCAGAGUAUAAGGGCUAAAAGGCUGUGGGGCCAGGCCUUUCUUACAUAAAGAGGGAAACAGGUCCCUAUGCACAGGUGUCCAUUAGGGGAAAGCUCUCAAGCAUGAGAGACCCACCUUGAACCACCAAGCUAGGAAAGGACAUUAUCUGCUGUCCUUCCCCUCACUGUGGCCUGUUACUUGGGGCUGGAAAUGACAGYGCAACCCCCUUUGAGGGAGGGUUCACAGGGCAGAGCCUUUGRGCACAUCCUUCCUCAGCCCUCUGGGAGCUCACUGCCAGGAGCAUUCCUGAACCUUUGCUGUAGAUCAGACCUGGCUUGGUCCUGGAGGGUUUGUAAAACACUGUUGACUUCAGCACAGGGUCCUGAGAAAAGCCUUAAGUUCAAGUGCAUUGCUGGGCACCAGAGCAGAGAUAGCCAUGUAGCYCAGGGAGAGGUGGGAAUCCCAGCCCUGGUCCCUG